AUGACUGCACAGGCCUUGCCUCUGGAGAUCGUGACCUCCAUCGCUCGCUUUUGCCCGCGAGAUGCCUGGGUCCCGCUGUUGUUGGUCAACCGGUCUUUCAAAAGCGCUGCGGAGGCCUUGCUUUACCGUUCUAUCACCUUGGUUCUCGACAACACCAGUGCUGGGCGCGACAAGGCAUUCGCUUGUCUGAGGGCACUUGGGAAUCCUGAAAAGGCGAAGAUGGUUAAACGCUUGAAGAUCGUCAUGAGUGAGCCGAUGAUGGCAUUGGCCAACAGGAUACUUGCCUGCGCGGACCUUAUGGAUAACCUGAAGCACCUCAGGUUAGAAUCACAUAUGUGGGGCGAUUAUCACGACGAACCUGUGUUUUCGGAAUUCCCAUCCAAGCUCUUAUGUCGAAGCAAUUUCCAGCUCUCGUCCUUCGGCUACUACCCUUGGUACACCGAGUUGGUUGGGAGUAAUGAUGCUCUCAUAAACUAUCAGCAGGGUUUGGAGGUCAUUGUGCUUUGGGGCCACUUUUCCUUCUUCCGUCAGGACAUGCGCGAGAUAAUUCAAGUUGUACAAUGGGCCGCGGGGAACACUGUGGAUAGUGACGCGCUAUUGGAGCCGUAUGAUCUACCCGAAGACCCAGAAUGUCGCCUUCCGAUCAUCUGCGCCUUGGGGGGAUCAACAGAGGAAUACUUCCUUUGUCUUUUUCCUGAGCUUUACGCUACGGAAGAGGAUAAACUUCGUAUCUGCCCUCUAGCUUCCAUUAUUCUCGAUCUGGAGGAUAAUGGCACCAAAAAGGCGAAAACGAGCGUCUUGGAACUCCAGCGAUUUUUGGAAUCGGUGGUGACUUCGUUCCCUGCUCUAAAAGAGCUAUUCAUUUACACGGAAUUCACGCCAGACACAGAUCAUGGCCGACUCAGGGAAGGGCUUUUGCCACUGUCGCGAGUUCCCCUGGUCAGGCUGAGCAUUCAGGAGUGGAGCAGCGGCCCUUCCGAUGAUCAUGCACAUGACCCGAUGUACCCGCGGCUCAAGGCGACUGAGCAGCUCCCGCUCGCCGAAUAUUGGGGCACGCAUUUUCCCGACUUGGCCUAUCUCUGUGUGCUGGACUGUGUUAUGGAAUUUGUGAAGCUAAUGUAA